GGCCAGGCGGGGCGCCAUGUCGGAGCGGGACGAGCGGCGGUUCGUGGAGCUGCCGCGCGAGUCGGUGCGGCUGAUGGCGGAGAGCGCCGGGCUGGAGCUCUCGGACGAGGUGGCGGCGCUGCUGGCCGAGGACGUCUGCUACCGCCUGCGGGAGGCGACGCAGAACAGCUCGCAGUUCCUGAAGCACACGCGGCGGCGGCGGCUGACGGCGGAGGACUUCAACCGGGCGCUGCGCUGGAGCAACGUGGAGGCGGUGUGCGGCUACGGCGCGGCGGAUGCGCUGCCCUUCCGGGCGCUCAAGGAGGGCGAGCUGUACUUCCAGGAGGACCGCGAGGUGAACCUGGUGGAGCUGGCCCUGGCCACCAACAUCCCCAAGGGCUGUGCCGAGACCGCUGUGCGAGUGCACAUCUCCUACCUGGAUGGGAAAGGCAACUUGGAGCCGCAGGGAACUGUACCCAGUGCCGUGUCCACGCUGACAGACGACCUGCUCAAGUACUACCAGCACGUGACGCGGGCGGUGCUGGGUGACGACCCGCAGCUGAUGAAGCUGGCACUCCAGGACCUGCAGAGCAACUCCAAGAUCGCUGCCCUGCUGCCAUACUUCGUCUACGUGGUCAGCGGGGUGAAGUCGGUGAGCCAUGACCUGGAGCAGCUGCACCGGCUGCUGCACAUCGCCCGCAGCUUGGUGCAGAACCCCUAUCUGUGCCUGGGCUCCUACGUGCGCAGCCUCAUCGGCAGCGUCACCUACUGCGUCCUGGAGCCGCUGGCCGCCUCCAUCAACCCCCUCAAUGACCAUUGGACGCUGCGUGAUGCCGCUGCCAUGCUGCUGAGCCGCAUCUUCUGGACUCAUGGCGACCUGGUGAGCGGCCUCUACCAGCAGAUCCUGCUGUCGCUGCAGAAGGUGCUGGCGGACCCGGUGCGCCCGCUGUGCUCCCAUUACGGGGCAGUAGUGGGGCUGCACGCCCUGGGCUGGAAGGCCGUGGAGCGGGUGCUCUACCCCCACCUCCCUGCAUACUGGGGCGGGCUGCAGGCUGUGCUGGACGACUACUCCGUCUCCAACGCCCAGGUGAAGGCUGACGGGCACAAGGUCUACGGCGCCAUCCUUGUGGCAGUGGAGCGCCUGCUCAAGAUGAAGGCACAACCAGCGCCAGUGGCGAGUGCAGGGCUGCCGCAGGAGGGCUCCCCAGCACCUGGCGCCCCAGUGGAGGUCCCCACGGUGCCUCUGUGCGACAUGUACCGCGAGCUCUAUGACUUCUUCGGCGACAGCCUGGCACCGCGCUUUGGCACAGGCACAGGGCCACGGCCUGCUGCCCCACCACUGCCUGGCCCUGGCAGCCCUGAGGGCGCCCGCCGGGAGCUGCCGGCCAGCGGCGCCACAGGCGAUGCUGCCCGCAAGAUGCCACAGCUGACGGCCAGUGCCACAGUGAGCCCCCGUGCAGAGGGCAGCCCCCGGGCCGAGGCAGCGGGCGGGCGCCCGGCCCCACCACGCCCUGCCAGCCUGGCCCGUGCCCGCAGCACCGCUCGGCAGCCUGGCCACCGGCCCAGCGUGCGUGACGUCUUCCAGAAGUGCCGCUUCGCCCCCCGCGGUGCCCCCCGCUUCAGCUUUGUCAUCGCUGGGCGCCAGGCAGGCCGCCGCUGCCAGGGCCGCCGCUUCCAGACCAGCUUCCCCCAGCACCACGGGCCCGGCCACGUCUCCCGAUAUGCCCAGAAGCUGCCCAUGAUCGGACGCACAGCCAAGCCACUGCGGCGCUGGGCCCGCUCCGAGUACUCCCUGGGGCUGCUCCUCUGAGCUAUGCCGGGCCAUGCAGCCCCUCCUGCUUGGGGCACUCAGCAGUAAUAAAAAGCCACAGCGCAGCACAGUGUGCCGCAGCACAAA